AUGAGGUCUCUCAUUCCCUUGCUGGCUUCUUUAGCCGCCGCUAAUUAUAAUUCUACCAGCCAUGCGGACUAUGAGUACAUCGUCGUUGGCUCGGGUCCUGGCGGUGGACCACUCGCAGCAAAUUUGGCAAGACGAGGCCAUAAGGUUCUCUUGAUAGAGGCUGGUGAUGACCAGGGAACAAACCCGAACGAGACAGUGCCUGCCUUUGCGACGAGAUCAUCAGAAGAUGACACCAUGAGUUGGGGCUUCUUCGUCGAACACUACUCUGACCCCGAAGAAGCUGCCAAGGAUCCUAAAAUGGCUUGGGACACGCCCAACGGAACGUUGUAUGUUGGGCUCGACCCGCCCGCCGGGUCCGCUCAGAAGGGUAUAUUCUACCCCCGCGCUGGUACGCUUGGAGGUUGUGGAUCCCACAAUGCACUGAUCGCGAUUCUCCCUCACGAUUCGGAUUGGAACGACAUUGCGAAGAUCACGAAGGAUAAAUCGUGGUCGGCCAAGAACAUGCAGAAGUACUUCGAACGCCUCGAGCGUUGCCGUUACCUUCCCGAGGGGACUCCGGGUCAUGGAUUCCACGGCUGGUUGGAGAUUGAGCUUCCCGACCCCGUGUGGGAAACUUCCAACGAGGCUAUGAUGAAACCAGUCCUCAACUUCACCGGUCAAAAAGGCUUCAAUCAUGACAUCAAUGCCCCGAAAGCACAGAACAAGAAUCAACUUUUUGACCUGCCCUUGAUCAUGAACAAGAAAGGGCGCCGAAAUGGACCUCGAAGCUUUGUCGUUGCUACUGCCAACGCAAGAAAUCGCAACGGGAGCAAGAAAUAUCCGCUCUACGUAAGAACUCAAUCUUUUGUCACAAAGGUCCUGUUCGAUGAAACUCGCAGCAGCCACAGAAAGCCCAAGGCCGUUGGUGUGGAAUAUGUAGAGGGGCAAGGCCUGUAUAAGGCUGACCCUCGUGCAGCAACCGGCAACACAAGUCCAAGCGCAGCCAAAAGCGUUUAUGCGUCUCGGGAGAUCAUCAUUGCAGGCGGCGCUUUCAACACCCCUCAGAUAUUAAAGCUUAGCGGGAUUGGGCCCAAGGAAGAGUUGCAGCAAUUCGAUAUACCCGUGCGGGUCGAUCUCCCUGGAGUUGGCACCAAUUUGCAGGAUAACUACGAGUACUCCAUCGUGGCGCAGAGCAAGGAAGUAGUUUCGCUCUUUGCAAAUAGUACUGUUGAUGGUCGCGAUGUUUACUUUUCGCAGUGGGACAACGAGGGAUCUGGACCAUAUAAGGGUGAUGGUAUUGAGGCGGCCGUCUUGGCUAAAAGUAGCAUUUCGAAGACCGGGGAAGUCGACAUGUUUCUCUACGGAACUCCACUCCUGUUCACCGGCUUCUAUCCGGGUUAUUCUACGAAGGGUUUCGGUACCUUCCACGAGUACACCUGGGUCGUUCUCAAGUUCCGCCAAGAGGACAAAUCAGGCACGGUAACAUUGAGGUCGAGCAACCCCUUCGACGUGCCCAAGAUCAGCUACGAGUUCUACGCUACCCCAGACAAGAACCCAAAGAACGACGGAGAGCACGACUUGAAUGUCAUGGUGGAGGGCGUUCGCCUCUCACGUCAGUUCCACGACGGCGUAGCUGCACCCUCCGGUCCGCUCAACGAGAUCAUUCCUGGCAGGCAGGUCCAGAGCGACGAGCAGCUGAAGGAGGAGAUCAAGCACAACUCAUUCUCCCACCACGCAUCGGCGUCUUGCCCCAUAGGCUCCGAAGACGAUCCUAUGGCCUGCCUCGACUCGCGCUUUCGCGUCAGGGGCGUCGACUCACUUCGCGUCGUCGAUGCUUCGGUGUUUCCGCAAGUCCCUGGCACCUUUCCCCAACUACCUGUCUACAUGAUUAGCGAGAAGGCCUGCGAUGUAUUGUUAGAAGAUGCCGGCUUCAAGCCUAGAACAGUCAACUUCGACGACGCGACCUUGGAAAGCCUUUCUGAAGAUGAAAUACUCAUUGACGACUUCGCGUAG